AUGGAUUUUGACAAUAAUCUUUUUCCCAAAAACAAUUCUAAAACUCUAGACAGACCUGAUUCAGUUAUUAACUUCUUCAUGAACCAUGGAUUCAGCAAAACCCAGAUCUUAGAUCUCAUCAGAAAACGCCCAACACUUUUCUUAUCAGAUCCCAACAAAAUCUUUUUACCCAAAUUCGAGUUCUUUUACUCCAUUGGCAUUUCCAGCACCGAGCUCGCAAAUAUGGUAUCCAUGAGCCCAAUUAUAUUGACGUAUAGCUUGGAGAACCAUAUCAUCCCAUCUUUCACUUUGUUCAUAAAUUUAUUUCAUUCAAAUGAUAAGUUUAUCACGGCCUUUAAACGAUUUCCUAGGAUUGUAGACUGCUAUCGCAGUGAUAUUACAUUCUCCAACAUUGAAAACUUGAGACAACACAGCGUGUUCGAUUCAAAUAUUAUGUACGGACUUAUUGGUUAUGGUAGGCCACUCAACGUAAAGCCUGAUAGAUUCAAUGAGGUAGUGGAGGAUGUUAAGAAAAUGGGUUUCAACCCUACAGACAUCAACUUUGUUAUAGUGGUUCGAGCAUUGAAUUUGAAGUUAAUGAGCAAAACAACAUUGAAAAUGAGGAUGGAGGUUUAUCAGAAGUGGGGUUGGUAUGAGGAAGAAACAAUGUUGGCUUUUACAAAAUGUCUGUGCUGUAUGAUGAUAUCAGAGGAGAAAAUAAAUGCGGUGCUGAAUUUCUAUGUCAACACAAUGGGUUGGGAGUCUUCCCUAAUUGCCCAUCGUCCAGAAUUAAUGUCACUGAGCUUGGGUUUGAUUAAGAAACCUGUUAGUACAGAGGUAUUGUUGAAAUCCACAGAGAGUGUUUUCCUCAAGAAGUUUGUGAACUGUUAUGAGGAAGCUCCUGAGUUGUUGAAAUUAUAUCAAGAAAAAUUGGACCUACUUCCUAACUGA